UGUGUAAUAUAAACUAGCGCCUGCAUCACUUGUGAUUGGUAAACACGGUGUGUUCGGCCCGCAGUUGUUUGUAUCUGCUGUUUUUGAUCCAAACAAAACCAAACCAAACUUCCUCUAAAGCCGGAGCCUACAGCUUCACAACACGACAGCAUGGGGUAUAAUUGCUUGCCUGUGGACGACCUCCUGGAGAAAUACUACCUCUCACCUUCCUACGGGGUCGAGUUUUGCGUCGGUUUCCUUGGCAACCUGCUGGUUGUCAUCGGAUACGUCUUCUGUCUGCCUAAAUGGGGCAGCAUUAAUGUUUACCUCUUCAACCUGGCCGCCUCUGACCUCGUCUUCCUGUGCACACUCCCACGCCUCUCCUACCUGUAUGCCAACGGCAAAUCAGAGACCAACCCCUACAUGUGCAUCAUCAACCGCUACAUCCUGCACGUCAACCUCUACUCCUCCAUCCUCUUCAUGGUGUGGAUCAGCAUGGACCGCCUGCUGCUCGUCAUGCAUCCCAGCAAGUUGCACUCCCUCCUGACCUGCAGGGCGGCGCUGGUGGUGACGGGCCUGAGCUGGCUGGCCGUCAACGUCCAAGUGGCGCCCAUGAUCUCCCUCAUGAUCCAGGACCACCAAAGGGGCAACUGGAGCAUCUGCAAGGACUUUGCCAGCCUGAAGGCGGACCUGGACACGCUGGGCUACAGCCUGGGGCUGACACUGACCGGCUACAUCCUGCCCCUGGUGGGGAUCUGCGUCUUCUCGCACAGGAUUACGCUUCUGCUGCGCAGCCAGGAGGAGGCGCUGCAGCGCCAGAAAACCGCGUACGGCCGGCCUCUGCGCGUGGUCCGUGCGGCGGCGGUCAUGUUCCUGGUGCUCUACACGCCGUACCAUGUGAUGCGGAAUGUGCAGAUCGCGGCCAGUGCGGAUUGGGCAGGGCUGAGCCAGUGCAGCAGGGUGCACAUCAAGGCGCUGUAUAUCGUGACCAGGCCGGUGGCGUUCUUCCACAGCGUGAUCAACCCCGUCUUCUACUUCUUCAUGGGAGACCAUUUCCGAGAGCUCCUGUUGGGGAAGCUCAGGAAGCUGAUCCGGAUGAGACAAACUAUCACACUCUCACGUCCUUCAGUUGGAAUUCCGACCUAACCAAUGCAUUUAUGCCGGGUUCUAGAUCCAGUUCACCAGUUGCAAAGUGGGAAAACCGUACGACUCGACGAACAAAUAUGGCUGUGCCCGUAAUGAAUUUAUUUUUCUUUGUAUUUUUACCACGUUGGUCGUUUUAAUGUUGAUUUUAAAUGCACUUACAUAUUUGAUUACAUUGCUGCUUUAACCCGAUCACCAAUUUAUGCAUUACAAAGUCUUGCUGUGAGUGCAAUACAAUGGAAAGUUUUGUUGCUUGUUUUCGAGCUAGUUUGCUAAAGAGGCUAAUGUAGCUAACAAUAACAACAGUGUUGGGAGUAAAGCGUUACAAAAGUAAUGCAUUACUUACGCACAUUACAAGGCAUUUUAAAUGCCGAAAUGUGUAUUGUUUUUUUUACAAAUUUGCCAACGCUGCGAGAUUCGCAGAGGAGAAAAAUAUCUGCGCAAAUGUUCCUUCCUCUUGCUGCUAGAGGAGAAGAUCACGGCAGCAUCCAGGGGGGUUGUAGUCUUUUCGCUCGGUUCUCCGUCUCAAUAGUAGGGCAAGAAUGGAGCGAAAAGACUACAACCAGCCCGCUUUUCCGUUUCUGGUCAAGGAGCAAUGAGUUUUCCAACCGAAAUCAAUGGAUUUACAAAAUGCCAAAUAAAACACGACAGAAACUGUA